AUGUGGCGGACAUCCCCUGCCCCUCCCGGGACCUGCGGCGGGGACGGCCUGCCCAUCCCGGUACACGUGGCGGACAUUGCCCACCUUUACCAGGACCUGCAGUGGCCCCGGACAGCCCGUCGCGGGAUGUGCGUCUCAGGACCUGCGGUGGCUCUUGCCUGCCCGUCCCAAGACAGGUGGCGAACCCACAGCAGGCCUGGCCCGCCUGUUUUGGGACACAUGGCAGACAUUGCCUGCCCGUCCCUGGGCCUGUGGCGGCUUCGGCCUGCCCGUCCUGGGACACGUGGCGGACAACGCCCGCCCGUCCUGGGACCCUCAGUGGCCCCUGCCCACCAGUCCCAGUACACGUGGCGGAAACGUGGUGGACAUCGACCACCUGUCGCGGGACCCGCGGCGGUCCUGGGACCCUCAGUGGCCCCUGCCCACCAGUCCCAGUACACGUGGCGGAAACGUGGUGGACAUCGACCGCCUGUCGCGGGACCCGCGGCGGCCCCGGCCUGCCUGUCCCUGGACACGUGGAGGACAUCGCCCACCUGUCCCAGGACCCAUGGCAGCCCCGGCCCGCUCGUCCUGGGACACGUGGCUGACAUCGCCCACCCAUCCCAGGACCUGCGGCGCGCCUGGCCCACCCAUCUCGGGACAUGUGGCAGACAUCCCCUGCCCGUCCUGGGACCUACGGCGGGGACCGCCUGCCCAUCCCAGGACACGUGGCGAACAUCGCCCGCCCAUACCAAGACCCGUGUGGCCCCGGACAGCCCGUUCCGGGACACGUGGCGGACAUUGCAUGCCCGUCUUAGGACCUGCGGCGGCUCUGGCCUGCCCGUCCCAGGACCUGCGCAGGUGGCUCUGGCCUGCCCGUCCCAGGACCUGCGCCCAGGGCCUGCCCGCCCAGGACCUGCGCAGGUGGCUCUGGCCUGCCCGUCCCAGGACCUGCGCAGGUGGCUCUGGCCUGCCCGUCCCAGGACCUGCGCAGGUGGCUCUGGCCUGCCCGUCCAGGGCGGUGGCUCUCCUGCCCGUCCCAGGAUGCGGCAGCUGGCCUGCCCGUCCCAGGACCUGCGGUGGCUCUGGCCUCCCGUUCCCAGGACCUCGGAGCUCUGGCCUGCCCGUCCCAGGACCGGCGGUGGCUCUGGCCUGCCCGUCCAGGGCGGUGGCUCUGGCCUGCCCGUCCCAGGACCUGCGGCAGCUCUGGCCUGCCCGUCCCAGGACCUGCGGUGGCUCUGGCCUGCCCGUCCCAGGGCGGUGGCUCUGGCCUGCCCGUCCCAGGACCUGCGCAGCUCGGCCGCCCGCCCAGGACCUGUGGUGGCUCUGGCCUGCCCGUCCCAGGACCAGCGCAGGUGGCUCUGGCCUGCCCGUCCCAGGACCAGCGCAGGUGGCUCUGGCCUGCCCGUCCCAGGGCCAGCGCAGGUGGCUCUGGCCUGCCCGUCCAGACUGCGGAGCUCGGCCUGCCCGUCCCAGGACCUGUGGUGGCUCUGGCCUGCCCGUCCCAGGACCUGCGGUGGCUCUGGCCUGCCCGUCCCAGGACCUGCGGUGGCUCUGGCCUGCCCGUCCCAAGACAUGUGGCAGACAUCGUCUGCCCGUUCUGGGACUCGCUAUGGGCCUGGCACUCCCGUCCCAAGACAUGUGGCUGACAUCGCCCACCCCUCCCGGGAAACGCGGAGGACGUCACCCGCCCAUCCCGGGACCCACGGUGGGCAUGGGCCGCCCGUCCCUGGACAUGUGGCGGACAUCGCCCACCCGUCCUGGGACACGUGGCGGACAUCGCCAGCCCAUCACUGGACCUGUGGCGGCCCCAGCCAACCGGUCCCGGGACUGGCGGAGGCUCCUGUCCGCCCGUCCAGGACACGUGUGGACAUCGCCCGCCGCCUCCUCCCGGGAACGUGGCAGACAUCGACCGUCAGCACGAGGGACACGUGGCGGACAUCGCCAGCCCAUCACUGGACCUGUGGCGGCCCCAGCCAACCGGUCCCGGGACUGGCGGAGGCUCCUGUCCGCCCGUCCCAGGACACGUGGUGGACAUCGCCCGCUCCUCCCGGGAAACGUGGCAGACAUCGACCGUCAGUCACGAGACCCACGGUGGGCCUGUCCCGCCUAUCCCGGGACACGUGGUGGACAUCGCCCGCCCAUCCCAGAACCCGAGGUGUGCCCGGCCCGCCCGUUCCGGGACAUGUGGCGGUCAUCGCCUUGUCACAUUUUAGACAUGCUGUCUACAAAGGAGGAACGCCAAAGUACACGGAUGAAUCAAAACUUCAGAAGGUCCGCACGGUGCCACUGAAGUUAUGCAGUGAGGUUGAGAGUGCGCUGCAAGAGCUUGAAAAAAAUGAGAUUAUAGAAAGAGUAGAAUUCUCAGAUUAUGCCUCACCAGUUGUUUCUGUCAGGGAGCAGAAUGGAUCCCUUAGGCCGACACGGAGGGUCCACUACCCGACGAGAAGGGGCGCGGGUGUGGGCGUUUGCAGGGGCGGCGGCAGCAGGGGCGUCAGCAGCAGGGGCGGCGGCAGCAGGGGCGGCGGCAGCAGGGGCGCAACUGGGUUUCCUAGUCGGUCACCCGUCCAAGAAGUGACUGUUGCCUCAGCAUUGUAUAACGUUUUCGGUUUGGAGACAGGUGCGGGAAGUAGCAACAUGGAGAUACUUCAUCAAUCAGGUUGGCUGGCCUACUGGUGUGGAUAA